AGCCUACAGCAGCAGCCGCGGCCGGACCUGCAGUAACUCCCGCCGACCCUGCAGCAGCAGCUGCCGCCGACCCUGCAGCAGCAGCCGCCGCCGAGCCUACAGCAGCGGCCGCCGCCGACCCUGCAGCAGCUGCCGUCGCCGAGCCAGCAGCAGCAGCCGCCGCCGCCAGCAGCUGCAGCCGCCGAGCCUGCAGCAGCAGCCGCCGUUCGAGAAUACCACAGCAGCCGCCGCCGUCCCUGCAGCAGCGGCCCCCUCCUGUGCUUGCCAUCGAUGCUGAGGGCCGCCCAGUGAAGUUUGACACCUGGCUAGAUGACCUGCACCUCUUCCUACAGCUCACUGCCAAGGAGGACAUUUCACUGUACGAUCACGCCCUAGGCCAUGCUACUGCCCCUGACACUACUGCUGACAGCACUCUGCGCUCCCAGUGGCAGACCCGUGACGCGCACGCUCGCUUCGCUAUUCGCAACUCCCUACCGCUAGAUGAGCGCGAGCACUUCGGCCAGUGCAAGACUGCUAAGGAACUGUACACAGCCGUAGUUGCUCGUUACUCCUCACCUGCGUCUGCCGCACUAGGCCGCCUCUCACUGCCCUACCUGUUCCCCGACCUGGCCUCCUUUCACACUGUUGCUGACCUCAUCACCCACCUCAAGACUAGUGAGGCCCGCUUUCGCGCUGCUAUGCCUGCCGAGCUCCUUGCUAGCAACCCCCCCCGCUCUGGCUCACUCUCUACCACAUUGUCACCCGCCUCCCUGACUCUCUGCGCACACCCCGCACCCCCUUCUUUGAGGGGUGUUCCCCUUCCCCCCUUCUCCCCUCUGUCGCCUCUGCUUGUGCUUUCGACCUCCUUGGUGCUGAGAAGGUCGGGACCGCGUCUGCUUCGAGCGGGCGCCGCAGGACCAAAGGAGGCAAGGGUGGAGGUGGCGGCGGGGGAGGCGGGGGUGGAGGCGGUGGGAGUGGAGGAGGGGCUGGAGAGACUAGUGGCGGCAGUGGGGGUAGUGACGGCAGCGGCGGAGGCGGUGGCAGGGGCGGGGGCGGCAGCGGGGGCGGCGGUGGUCGUGGCAGCGGCAGGGGAGGGGGUGGUCGAGGAGGUGGCAGCGGCGGUGGUGGUCGUGGAGGCGCUGGCGGUGGUCCGAGCCAGCAGCACACUCCGUCGCUCCAGGAGGCCCACGUGUGGGAAGCCGCACCCCACGCCGCGCUGUUUCGCGCGCCUUGACGACGCUUGGCGCACUCAGUUCCCUGACGGCAAUGAGCUGCCCCGCUGGUUUGAUCUGGAGAAGAAGGGAGUUGAUAUCUGGGCUUUAGACUUUGAUGCUAUUCUCACUGCCAUGUAUGCUAUGUUUACUAGUGGAGAGGGUGCUCAGUACUUGCGUGUUCCGCCCGACCCGGGCAUUCUGACCAGUGAGGCUGCUGCUCUAGGUGCUAGUGCGUCUGCAGCUCCAGGUGCUCGCGUGUCUGCUACCCCCGGUGAUGGUGAGGCUGCCACUCUAGGUGCUGGUGAGUCUGUCUCCCCUGGUACUGAGUCGACUGCGGCACUGCACACCUUCACACUGGACUCAGGUGCUUCUCGCUGUUUCUUUCGAGAUCGCACUGCCCUUGAGCCACUCGCUCGGCCAGUUGCUGUCUCCCUCGCUGACCCCUCUGGGGGUCCGGUCAUUGCGACCUCCUCCACUGUUCUUCCCUGUCCUGCGGUCCCGUCUGGCACACUGUCUGGUCUCUACCUCCCCUCGUUCUCUACGAACUUGGUGGCGGGUAGUGCGCUCCAGGACGGGGGUGUUCACCAGUUCACCCCUGCCUACGAGCGCGUGACACACUGCACGUGUGCUCGGACGGGCCGUCACCUGGCUACCUUCACUCGGGAGCCGGGGUCGGACCUGUACACACUGACCACUGAGUCCCCUCAGGUAGCUGUGUCUGCGUCUGCGUCUGCGUCAGGUCAGCUGUCCGCCCCCUGCUCGUGUCGCUCUCUGGCGCAUGAGACUGUCCUCUGGCACCACCGCCUUGGUCACCCGUCUAUGCACAAACGGGACCUUGUUGCUGGUCUUCCCAGGGUUCUCCCUCCCCUCCCACCCUCGCCUGCUCCUCCCUGUCUUCCCUGUGUCGAGGGGCGGCAGCGCGCCGCUCCUCACUCCUCCUCCUUUCCCCUGACGACUGCUCCUUUGCAGACGCUCCACUUGGACGUGUGGGGCCCAGCCCGCGUCCGUGGACAGGGUCAGGAGAGGUACUUCCUGAUUGUUGUUGACGACUUCUCGCGCUACACCACGGUCUUCCCCUUGCGCACCAAGGGUGACGUCCCUGAUGUCUUGAUCCCUUGGAUCCGCAGAUCUCGUCUCCAGCUCAGCAAGCAUUUCCACUCCAACUUUCCUGUCCUGCGUCUGCACUCUGACAGAGGUGGGGAGUUUUCCUCCGGCCUCUUGGAGGCCUUCUGUCAGCAGGAGGGCAUUGAGCAGUCGUUCACGCUUCCGGCCUCUCCACAGCAGAAUGGGGUUGCUGAGCGCCGCAUUGGCUUGGUCAUGGAGGUCGCUCGUACCUCCUUGGUUCAUGCGGCUGCCCCCCAUUUUCUGUGGCCGUUUGCAGUCCGAUACGCUGCGCAUCAGCUCAACCUCUGGCCCCGAGUCUCCCUCCCGGAGACUUCUCCGACACUGCGUUGGACGGGAGAGGCUGGCGAUGCGUCGCGUUUUCGGGUCUGGGGAUCCCGAGCUUUUGUUCGCGACACGUCCACGGACAAGCUCUCCCGUCGCGCUGUCCCCUGUGUCUUCCUUGGCUUUGUAGACCCGGGUGAGCCUGUCGAGGUAGCUGUCGACUCUCGUCCUGCUAGGGGUGCUGAGCCUGGGGGUGCUGAGCCUGGGGGUGCUGCGUCUGGGGGUGCUGAGUCUGGGGGUGCUGAGUCUGGGGGUGCUGAGCCUGAGCGUACUACACCUGGAGGAGCCCUCUCCUCCCGGCAGCUGCAGGAGAGGUACCUACAGUACUGCCGCCUCCGGAGAGGUACUACUGGAGCUCGUACCAGUACUUCCCCUCCUGCCCAGGAGCUCCCCCCCAUUCAGCAGAUCCGAGAGUGGUACACGCGGCGCUGCAGUCUUCGGAGUGGUGCUCCUGGUGCUGCGGACCCUGGGGUUGGCGCUGCUACUGGUGCUGAGGACCCGGGCGUUGGAGCUGCUGCUGGUACUGCGGACCCGAGCGGUGGAGCUGCUGCUGGUGCUGAGGACCCGGGCGUUGGAGCUGCUGCUGGUGCUGCGGACCCGAGUGGUGGCGCUGCUGCUGGUGCUGAGGACCCGGACGGUGGAGCUGCUACUGGUGCUGAGGACCCGGGCGGUGGAGCUGCUGCUGGUGCUGAGGACCCGAGCGGUGGAGCUGCUGCUGGUGCUGAGGACCCGGACGGUGGAGCUGCUGCUGGUGCUGAGGACCUCGCCACUGGUGUCUCUGCUGGUUCUGGAGACGCUGCGCGGCCGCGACCGUACUUCGUACCACUUCUUCAGCAGGUUCUUGGUCAGGCUCCUCCUCCUUGUCCUCCUCCCUCCGUAGAGUGUCCUCCGCCUGUCCAGCCUCAGUCACAGUUACCGCCUGCCUCGCCUCUUCCUGCUCCCUCUCCUUACACUGGUCCCACAGGAGGUCUUACAGAGCGUCGUGAGCCUGCGUCUCGUCCUGCGUCGCCUGUUCGUACUGCUCGCACUGGUCGUCGUGUCCCACGUGAGCGUCCUCCUCCUGUCCCUGGCACUCACUACAUGACUCUGCGUCCCUCUACUGCUCCUCAGCGUGUCCCUCUGCCGUCUCCUCCUGCGUCCUCUCUACCUACUAUUCCUGACCCGGAGUCUGACUACCGUCGUGCUGCCAGUCCCACUGUCACGCGUCUCCUCGCUACUGUUGUCACUGACCCUACCUUUGAGUCCUCUGCUGCGUCUGCUCUGGUCGCUGAGUUGGUUGACUUUGCUGCCCGCUGUCGUCUAGACUACGCCACUAGCCUUGUUGCUGAGUCUGAGUCUGUCUGUCCUCCGUCCGUCGGGGGUGAGUGUGCUCUUGGCACGGACGUCCUUGAGGACAGACAGGAGGAGUUCCAGUGCUUUGCUGCUGCUUUGCCCCGUCUCGUGUCCAUGCUAGUUGCCCCUGAGGGAGACCCGGAUGCACCAGACAUCCCGACCCCGCGCUCUUACGCUGAGGCGAUGGCGGGUCCCUACUCCUCUCAGGUGAAGCGGCCGCCGGGUAAUCCUCCUGUCUUCAAGGCGCGCUACGUUGCUCGAGGCUUCAGUCAGCGAGAGGGAGUAGACUUCUUCCAGACCUUCUCCCCCACCCCGAAGAUGACCACUCUUCGGGUGCUGCUACACAUAGCCGCUCAGCGCGACUACGAGCUUCACUCACUUGACUUCAGCACUGCUUUCUUAGAGGGCAGCCUGCACGAGGAGAUCUGGCUACGUCGCCCACCUGGCUUCACUGGGUCGGUUCCUCCUGGUACCCAGUGGAGGCUCCAGCGGCCGGUCUACGGUCUCCGCCAGGCACCACGUGAGUGGCACGACACACUGAGGACGACACUUGCGGCUCUUGGGUUCGCUCCCUCUACUGCUGACCCGUCACUGUUUCUACGCACUGACACCUCGCUGCCGCCGUUCUACAUCCUCGUGUACGUCGACGACUUGGUCUUUGCCACUGCUGACACCGCGGCACUCGCCCACGUGAAGUCGGAGCUGCAGAGGAGACACACGUGCACAGACCUGGGUGAACUGACGAGCUAUCUUGGCUUGCGGAUCACCCGGGACAGAGCACGGCGCACCAUCACCUUGACUCAGUCACACAUGGUGCAGCAGAUCCUCCAGCGCUUCCGCUUCACGUACUCCUCGCCUCAGUCCACUCCUCUGCCUACCGGUCACUCACUCUCAGCUCUGCCUUCGGAUGAGUCCGUAGAGCCGAGUGGCCCGUAUCCAGAGCUUGUGGGCUGCCUCAUGUACCUGAUGACCUGCACUCGACCUGACCUGGCAUACCCUCUUAGCAUCCUUGCAUGCUAUGUCGCUCCUGGCCGUCACAGGAAGGAGCACAUGGAUGCCGCUAAGAGGGUGUUGCGCUACUUGUGCAGUACGUCGGGCAUGGGGCUAGUGCUUGGAGGGCGGGACCGAGUUGUACUCACAGGACACUCAGAUGCUUCUUGGGCGGACGAUCAGGCUACUCAGCGGUCGUCUCAGGGUUACACCUUCAGCCUUGGCUCUGGCUCAGUUUCUUGGCGUUCUACACACUCUUCUUCUGUUCUCAGCUCCAGUUGUGAGGCUGAGACCUACGCCACAGCCAUGGCUGCCCAGGAGCUACGCUGGCUGACCUACCUGCUGACCGACCUCGGAGAGCGGCCUCGUUCUCCUCCAGUGCUGUACGUCGACAACAAGGCUGCCAUUGCCUUGUGUGAGGAGCACAGACUGGAGCACAGAACGAAGCACAUCGCCCUGCGGUACUUCCUUGCUCGAGAGCUGCAGCAGCGCGGUCAGCUUUGUCUGCGUUACGUGGCCACUGAGGCCAACACUGCUGAUGUGUUCACCAAGGCGCUUCAGCCUUGUGACCAUCAGCGCUUCUGCACUCUGCUAGGCCUUGUGCCUACUGGACCUCACUUGCUUACUUCUUGA